CAAAAAAUUUUUACUUUUUCAGUUUUUUUAAAAUAUAUGUAUAUAUAUUGAUGAAUUCAUAUAAAAAAAAUAGAAAAUAUAUAUUCUCGUUUAUUCUAAAAAUCCAAAAUCAUGUCGGAUAAUAAUAGACGUCCGUGUUUAUGGAAUGCAAUGUCUCCGACAGCCAGGCUUGCUGGACUUCAUGGUCACACAACCAAUCGAAGAUUUGCUGCCUUAGCUGCCGGGAAAAAUCAGCCAAAAAACCCUGUGAAAGCUGUCCUAGCUGGUGGAAUCGCUGGCGGUAUUGAAAUCUGUAUUACAUUUCCAACUGAAUAUGUUAAAACGCAGCUACAGCUCGCAGAAGGGAUGCACUCACCCAAAUAUAAGGGAAUAAUGGACUGUGUCCGAGUUACUGUGAAGAGCCAUGGAGUUCUAGGACUGUACCGAGGUUUGAGUUCUUUAGUCUAUGGUUCAAUCCCCAAAGCAGCCGUCAGGUUUGGUGUGUUUGAGUAUUUAUCAAACUUCCGACGAGAUUCCAACGGAACAUUGACAUCCAUGGACGGACUUUUGUGUGGUCUCGGAGCUGGACUGGCCGAAGCAGUUCUUGUUGUCUGCCCCAUGGAAACCGUUAAGGUUAAAUUCAUCCAUGACCAGACUGGACCAAAUCCAAGGUACAAAGGUUUCUUCAGAGGAGUUGUUCAAAUUGUAAAAGAACAAGGUCUGCGAGGGACGUACCAAGGUCUGACAGCAACAAUGUUAAAACAAGGAUCAAAUCAAGCGAUCAGAUUUUUUGUGAUGACUUCAUUAAGAAAUUGGUACAGAGGAGAUGAUCCUGGCAAGGAAGUUGGAAUGUUGUUGACAGCAGCUUUCGGCGCAACUGCUGGGGCGGCGUCAGUCUUUGGUAACACACCACUAGAUGUCAUAAAAACACGAAUGCAGGGCCUCGAAUCUCACAAAUAUAAGAAUACAUGGGAUUGUGCGAAACAGAUUUGGACAAACGAAGGCGCUUUAGCAUUUUACAAAGGCACUGUACCGCGACUUGGAAGAGUUUGCGCUGACGUAGCACUCGUGUUCGUUCUCUAUGAACAAACUGUCAAAUUCCUGAACAAAGUUUGGCCGGAAAAAGACCAACUAUAAACUAUUAUUGUUAUAUCAUAGUUAUGCAAUUGUUUCACGCUUCGUUAAUUCCAUUGUGGGUUGGUUUGGG